UACGUCCAUUUGUUUACAAGAAGCUCUUUCUUGCAAAUGCCAUUGCAGUAAAGAUUGUAAAACUACGUUAUUUGUUUGCGUGGGGUUGGGGAGGGCGACCUAUGGCUAUUUAACCCCAAAAUCGGUUUAUGUUUGACGUGCCCAAACCAGAGAUUUGAUAAUUACAGUAGCCGACCUAACGGUUUAAUGUAACGUACGAGGUGGAUACAAUUCUCUAGUCAUAGCAAGGACACACGGCGGUUAGGGGUUCCCCAAAAGAUUUUGUCAGGCGCCCUGUCCGUACAACGAAUUGCUGUUUUUAAGUGCUUUUACACAGUCAUGUGAUUGUAACGUAACUCAACCGUGAAACACCGACGACCAUCGCCGCCAAUGAUGCUUGAGAGGAACAGAGCAGCGGCGAGCCCAACAGACACGUCCCCCGGAGACAAACAACAACACGACAAACUCCACUGAUUCAAGCAGAGUAAAAGGUUUGAAGAAUGGAGUUGGCCAACCAUGGUCUUUUGCUCCUGCAGCAGCUCAAUGCUCAGAGGGAGUUUGGCUUCCUGUGUGACUGCACCGUUGUCAUCGGAGACGUCUUCUUCAAAGCCCACAAGGCAGUACUGGCCGCCUUCUCUAACUACUUCAGAAUGCUCUUCAUACACCAGGACAGUGAUUGCGUACGCCUGAAGGCAGCCGAUAUCCAGCCAGACAUCUUCAGCUACCUCCUCAACCUGAUGUACACAGGGAAGCUGGCCCCUCAGCUCAUCGACCCAGCCCGGCUGGAACAGGGGGUCAAGUUCCUCCACGCCUACCCCCUCCUCCAGGAGGCCAGCCAGACUGCCUUCUCCCACCCCGAGCCCAGCCUGCCCUUCUCUACUGCCCUUUUUGGCAUUCAGAUCUCCGACCAGCAGGUGGCGCUGUCCGAUAGGCUGCCUGCUCAGCGCCAGCUCUCUUCGCCCUUUGACCUGGACAGCCUCCCUGACAGGAAGUAUCCGUCCACGUCUGCUGUAGCAGCGUCUUUCGCCAACCACGCAUCCAAGCUGGACUCUUCAUUUCAGGAAAUGAUGGCGGCUUCAACCAGCGGCCACCUGGCCUGGUAUAAGGACAAGCAUAGAGGUGAAACCCUGACAGGAGAGGCUCCCUCCUCGGAUAACUCAAACACCAUUCUCCAUGUGAAGCCAAGCAUCAUGAAAAGGAGUGCCUCCUUCAGGAAGCACUACUCCUGCCACCUGUGUAGCAGCCGCUUCAACCAGAGGAACCUGUUGAGGGAGCACCUCCUGCAGCACAGGCAGGCCCGGUUCCCCCUGGUGGCCGAACCCAGCGGCGCACACACCUCUGUCAUCCCAGGAGGAGAAGCCACCACACCAGAGGUAGAGGAGGUGCUGCUAAGGGGAGGUGGAGAACGGUCCGCUGACAUGACAGUUGAGAUGCUGAGUGACAGCGAGCAAGCACCUCUCUCUGGUUCCAACAUGGACUCUCCCAGAGCUGAGAUGUCGGGGUGGGCGACGGGGUGUCAGUCCCAGGCCGACACCCCACCCCCAUCAGACAUUGCGGAUAUCGACAACCUUGAGAGUGCUGACCUGGACCACGAGGUGAAGCGCAGAAAGUACGAGUGCUCCACCUGCGGACGCAAGUUCAUCCAGAAGAGCCACUGGCGGGAGCACAUGUACAUACACACGGGAAAGCCCUACAAGUGCAGCGCCUGCGGCAAGAGCUUCUGUCGUGCCAAUCAGGCAGCACGCCACAUGUGUCUGAGCCAGGGCAUCGAAGCCUACACCAUGGUGGACCGGCAGAGUAUGGAGCUGUGUUCUGCAGGGGACGACACCAGCCAGAUGGAGGUGCUGUUCUUAGGCUCAGCAAGGCCCUACAAGUGUAAUGUCUGUGAAACCACCUUUUCCAGCCCCAACGAGGUCAUCAAGCACCUGUGCUUCAGCCAAGGGGCGCUAGCAGGCCUGCAGGGGCAGGCAGGGGUGGAGCUGCUGCAGGGGGAGGAGUUUCCCAAAGACGAGGGCUCUGAUUCGUCCGGCGCUGGCCCCCUCAUUACGCCCAUAAAAACUGAGCAGGUCUUGUUGGAGUAGCACCACAACAAAAGAACCAGUUUUAUAUUUUUGUUUUUCUUAUACAUGUUUAUUUUUUUUAAACUUUAAGUUAUGGUCUGUAGUUAAGCUAAAGGUUUAGUUAGUUAAGUUCUGUAUGUGUAGGAGGUGUUUUGUAUGUACUGAAAAUGCUUCCUUAAGAUGAUUUAACAGCAAAAGCCAGAGACUGGGACAUUUUGUUGUUGAACAUCAAUCACACCACCAGCCAGAGAAAUGUUUUAGUAUCCAUGUGAAUACCACACACUGUACAAAACUGUCAUAUUUCUGACAUGGUGUUGCAUUAGUUUGUCCAUUUAUCCUCUUAUGCAUAGGCAACCAGUUGGUGAAGUACCAUAUGUUACUCAAAAUAUGUGCUACAGUAGAGUUCCUAAUGUAAGUGUAACUUGGCCCUUGUCAAAGUCUCUUUUUGGUGCCUAAUUUUCAUAGGUCUGACACAUUGGUUUCUGUUACUUUAUUUAAAGUGGCCGUUGGCUGUGGUCGAACCUCUCACUCAGCUUUUAGCUCCAGACAGAAACAGGAAGCUGAGAUAGAGUUCCGGAGGAAGUAAUGUUUCUCAAGAAUGCGAUGAUGGAGUAGAUACCAGGGGACGCAACAGGCAGGCAGGCAGGCACACAGGCACAAUGGAGAUCUCAACGCAAAGAGGAACAGUGUCUCCUUUUCCUGAGUGUUAUCUAGUGCUGUACACUGAUGAAAUAAGUAUUUCAGUCCAAUCAACCACAUACCAUGGCUUAGUAGGUUUGGUCCAGCAGGCUGUGUCUUCCUUUGGCAGUUUUCAGUCACCUUGUAAGCUGAACAUGUACCAUGAAAUUGUAUAAUUACUGUAUAAUUCCACAGUGUAUAUUCUGUGUACAAAACAGGAAAAUGAGACUGACCGGGUGAAAGCUAUUAUCCCUUAUUGAUGUCACCUGUUAAAUCCACUUCAAAUCACUGUAGAUGAAGGUGAGGAGACAGGUUAAAUUAAGGUUUUUUAAGCCUUGAGACAACUGAGACAUGGAUUGUGUAUUUGUACUGUUCAGAGGGUAAAUGGGCAAGACUAUAUUUAAGUGCCUUUGCACGGGGUAUGGUAGUAGAUGCCAGACGCGCUGGUUUGUGUCAAGAACUGCAACUCUGCUGAGUUUUCCCACGCUUGACAGUUUCCCGUGUGUAUCAAGAAUGGUCCACCAUCCAAAGGACAUCCAGCCAACUUGACAACUGUGGAAGCUUGAGUCAACAUGGGCCAGCAUCCCUAUGGAACGCUUUCAACACCUUGAAGUGCAUGCCCCGACGAAUUGAUGCUGUUCUGAGUGCAAAAGGGGUGGAACUCAAUAUAAGGAAGGUGUUCCUGAUGUUCUAUACACUGUGUAUAAUUAGCUUAUGUGCAUUGUUUUGAGCAGGCAUUUUGGUACUUUCUGUGUUACAUCUGCCAACUGUGUGGGUAUGAAACCACCCUAUUGAAGAAGCACAAUUACUAUAGAAGUAACAGGGCAAUGUAGGCCCGUCGUUAGGAUUGUGUUGGUUACAAUAAGAGACCUCAGCAGAAGCAAGGACUGUAGCUCUAUACGUCAUGUUUACAGUCAUGCCAUUUUAUAAACCUUUGAUUUUAAAUAGCUGCUGUCUGUAUUUUAAACACGUUAUUCCUGUUGAGGAUAUUACAUGUUAAUGUAAUACAUACCUUUUAAGGGAGUUUUCAAUCCAGUACAAUAUUGUACACCUUGCCAAUAGUGUUUAACAUGAUUUUUUAACCCUCCUGUCAUGUUAAUUAAUUAUGUGUUCCCAGUCCAAAAUGACUGCCCCAUUAUGGCUGAUUAUAAAUCCAUAAUAAUUCACAUUAAAUCACCUAAUGUUGUGUUAGAUCUUUAUCAACUCCUUGUGAACAUUACAAGUUUUGAACUUCUAUUUGCUAUUUAUGGCCUGUAGGCCUCAUUGACCUUAGCUCAUACAACUAGUUUUUGAGUAAAAAAAAGUAGAAUGUAUGGAUUAUUUUGACUAUAACAAAUACUCAGAUGAAACAUAUUGUGCUAUUUAUCAGACUACUUUGUGUCAAAGUUUAACAAGGACUCUCCUCCUCACCAGUGUCAUGAUCAAAGAUAUGAUCAAGAGCCUCACAUACAGUAUAUCGUUUGGUCAUUGUGCUGCCACAGAAUUAAUUGUGAGCAAGGCCUCAAAAAAGCUUUAUAUACCAGAGCUGUGAGAAAAGUUAUAUAUUAUUGAAACAAUGUUGCUAUUGUUUGUGAUGGAGUCUUCAUGCUAACUGAGCAAAUGAGACCUAGUUCAGCCACAUUUAUUAGCUCAAAGACACAAUAUAAAGUGAUCUUACGUGUGUUGUUACACAGGGAAGGACUUCUCACAACUCAAAAGCUGCAUUAUAGUCCGGCAUGGUGAAAAAAAUACUACUGAAGUGUACUUUUCAGAGUUCAAUAGAGCUCAUGUUACUCCUUAUCAGUCAAACUUAAAGGGAUACUUCGGGAUUUUGGCAAUGAAGCCCAUUAUCUACUUCCCCAGAGUCAGAUUAACUAAAUGUAUGGAUACCAUUUUUAUGUCUCUGCAUCCAGUAUGAAGGAAGUUAGAGGUCAUUUUGUGAGCCAAUGCUAACGCCAAUUAGCAAUUGUGCUAACGCUAGUUAUCAACUUCCUUCAAACUGCACUCAGAGACAGAAAUGGUAUCCACGAGUUCAUCUGGCUCUGUGGAAGUAGAUAAAAGGCAACAUUGACAAAAUCCUGAAGUAUCCCUUUAACCCAGUAUGAAAAAUGUUCCAUGCUGAGCUCAAGUCUUAUGAUGUUCAACCACAUUGUUCGUAGAUGUUAAGCUUUUAGUUAUGUGUGUCAAUUAUAAAAUGUGUAUUUAUGCAAGCAGUUUGUCUUUACCAGGGGUUGGAACUGAAAAUCGUUUCGUGAACAGAACCACAAUUUUUGGGUGUUUCGUUCCACUGUUGUUUCGACCAGUAAAAUAAAGUUCUGAACCGGUUCGAACCCCAAAAAAGUACCCGUUUAUAUUGUACCUUUCUGUUCCUUUUUAACCUGUGAAAAACUUUUUUUACAUUUAGCUCAUUAAAAUACUUACACAAUCAGUGCCGAUAGAGCAGGCAAGCUAGUUGUUUACAGGUGUGAUGGACAUCAAGUGUAGCCUAUGCUGCAAGAUGCAACUGAAAUUUUGCGAGUGGGAGAGAGCGAGAGAGGGUUGAGGAGGCUUGAAGCGCUGGGCAUCUUAUGACAAGCAUUAUCGGAUUUAUACCUAGGAGGAGCGGCUUCUGUGGAGUAAUGUUGAACGUCCUUUGAGCUAGCUAGCUAAUAAGCUUGAGCUAGCUAGCUAACAAGCUUAUGUAUGCAGAGCAGCAUCAGAAUUAAAAACAGGUCUUACCUUUUUGUAGUUAAUAAGUCAAAUGUGAUAACUAGGCCUAUAGUAUCCUUAACUAGCAUUGAACAAGUGAAUCCAUUCUUCUAGCUUUAGAAUUUCUAUCCCCAUCUUCUUUAUCAAGCUUGUAACAUCAGUACAGUAGCCUAUGCUUUGGAGGGGGGAGGGGCAGAUAAAGACAGACGCAGGCAAAUAUUUUCAGCUUGCAGGCAGACACCGGAAUACAUUUGAGUGACAGAGUAGGGGUUUUGUAUAUGCGUUUUUUUGUGUGACUAGAAAAAAAAUGCCUGGAACGUAAAAUAAGAUUAUUAACCGGUUCCCAUGCUUUUAAAGUAACCGUUCUGUUCUGGAACCUCCCGGGUGGGGCAGUGGUCUAGGGCACUGCAUCGCAGUGCUAGCUGCCCCACCAGAGUCUCUGGGUUCGCGCCCAGGCUCUGUCGCAGCCGGGAGGUCCGUGGGGUGACGCACAAUUGGCAUAGCGUCGUCCGGGUUAGGGAGGGUUUGGCCGGUAGGGAUAUCCUUGUCUCAGUAUGUAAAAUGUAAUAAAAAUGUAUGCACUCUACUGUAAGUCGCUCUGGAUAAGAGUGUUUGCUAAAUGACUAAAAUGUAAAAAAAUGGAACAGCAGGGAUCACUUACGUUCAAGGUUCCGUUUCUGUUCAAGGUUCGGUUCCCGCCUGCUGUUUACCGGAGUCCUCCUUAGGACUAGCUGGCUAAGCUAAAUCAAAUAAAAUCAAGUUUAUUUUAUAUAGCCCUUCGUACAUUAGCUAAUAUCUCGAAAUGCUGUACAGAAACCCAGCCUAAAACCCCAAACAGCAAGCAAUGCAGGUGUAGAAGCACGGUGGCUAGGAAAAACUCCCUAGAAAGGCCAAAACCAAGGAAGAAACCUAGAGAGGAACCAGGCUCUGAGGGGUGACCAGUCCUCUUCUGGCUGUGCCGGGUGGAGAUUAUAACAGAACAUGGCCAAGAUGUUCAAAAUGUUCAUAAAUGACAAGCAUGGUCAAAUAAUAAUCAGGAAUAAAUGUCAGUUGGCUUUUCAUAGCCGAUCAUUAAGAGUUGAAAACAGCAGGUCUGGGACAGGUAGGGGUUCCAUAACCGCAGGCAGAACAGUUGAAACUGGAACAGCAGCAAGGCCAGGUGGACUGGGGACAGCAAGGAGUCAUCAUGCCCGGUAGUCCUGACGUAUGGUCCUAGGGCUCAGGUCCUCCGAGAGAGAGAAAGAAAGAGAGAAGGAGAGAAUUAGAGAGAGCAUACUUAAAUUCACACAGGACACUGGAUAAGACAGGAGAAGUACUCCAGAUAUAACCAACUGACCAACUGAAGCUAGCACACAGUGUCCUUCGUUCCUGCAUGCCUGUCCGUUAGGGGUGAAGGACAUUCUACCGGUAUGUACUAGCUGUAGCUACCUUUGUCAACCCCGCCUCUUCUUCUGUGGUGUUUAUCAGUGGUUGGCAUCCAACGUCAUGGUGCAUUACCGCCAUCUACUGUACUGUAGCAGCCUUGCCAUCCACUGUACUGGAGCAGCCCUGCCAUCCAUCUAUGUACUGGGUCAUAGCUUAAAAAUGUACCAAUAGAAGUAUAAAGAGGGGUUCCUGCAGCUGAAUUACGGCCUGUCCCUUUAAGAGUGGCACGACUUCACAACUAGCAUGAGCUCAGUGUUAAUUAGCCUCACACCCAAAUUCAGCCCGCCACCUGUGGCUGUGCAGAGAAUCUCUGGUUUUCUAACAUUAUUAUUAUGUUUUAUCCUUCACUGUGCAUGAAUGCAAGAACUGUGAGAAUAGUAUUUGUUUUCUUAUGUUUCCUGACAACAUUUUGUCAUUGUACAGCAUUUUAUGCACUCAUUUCUAUGCUAGCUAGCUAAGAAACUACUGUUAGCCACAUUUUGCAGCUGACUAGCUAGCUAAGUUGUUGCCAUUUCUGUAAUUUCUGAGUCACUGUAUUGCUAUGGCAGAUGAUUUUUCUUGUUUAUUGCUAGAUAUACAGUGCAUUUGGAAAGUAUUCAGACCCCUUCCCUUUUUCCACAUUUUGUUACGUUAUAGCGUUAUACUAAAAUGUAUUUCAUUAUUUUUCCCCCCUCAUCAAUCUACACACAAUACCCCAUAAUGAGAAAGCGAAAACAGGUUUGUAGAAAUGUUUGCUAAUUUAUUAAAAAUAAACA